CCCUUCCCUUCCCCCCACUAUCUAUAACUACAGAGGUGCACGUACGGGCGCUCUCGCUCACCCUGCAUCGUCGUCGUAACUCUGGCUGGCUCGCGGGCACGCCGCGUCAUAUAUUCCAGCUAGGAUCUGAAAGGAACUCGCCACCACCCCUCUCCCACCUGCUUCCUUCCUUCUCUCCACCUCUCCUUCCACCACUCUGGUACCGCAAUCCGAACUGCUGCUUCUGCUUCUGCUUCUGCUUCUUCUCCGGUGAGAGGCUCUGCUCCUGGCUGCGAUGGAGGCGUCGUCGUCGUCGUUGCCGCUCGUGGCCGCCGUGCUCCUCCUCUCCUCCACGCUCGCUGCCUCAGAUUUCUGCGUGUGCCGUUCGGACCAGCCGACGGCGGUGCUGCAGAAGGCGAUCGACUUCGCGUGCGGUCCGCAGGGCGGCGCCGACUGCACGUCCAUCCUGCAGGGCGGCGGCUGCUACAACCCAAACACCGUCGCCGCGCACUGCUCCUGGGCCGCCAACACCUACUACCAGAACAACAAGGCCAGGGGCGCCACCUGCGACUUCGGCGGCGCCGCCACCGUCUCCACCACCGACCCCAGUUUCUCCGGGUGCACAUUCGCUUCCAGUGCCACCAGCGCUGGUGCUGGGACCGGGACGGCGGGCACCACCACCGCGGGCGGCGCGACGACGGGCACGGGCACGGGCACCUUCAGCCCCGGCGUGGGCACCAGCGGCUUCAACGGCACCGGGAUGGGCGGCAGCACCCUGGGACCCACGGGCAACACCCUCGACGCCGCCGCGCCAGGCCUGCUCCCCGGCGCCGCCUCCCUCGCCGCCGCCACCGUCCUCUCCUUCCUGGCCCUGCAGCUGCACCAUUGAUUCAGCAGAUUCAGCUAGCUCCACCUCUCCCUCUUGUGUCUCGUCGUUUUCAUCAGUACCAUUACUAGCUCUCUGUCUGAACAUGAGCCUGAGCCGAGCUAGAUAGCUACUUGCUCCAUGGAAAGGGCCCGGAUCGAGGAACUGUACUGGAGAAGAAUGGGAUGAUCGAAUUGGUUGGUUCCAGUUUCAUUCCACCUGAUCUGAUCACACACUCCACUACUACCGCCACUAGUAGUGGCAAUGGUGGUUGGGGGCGGCGUGAUCCUAGCUAGCUAGCUACACUACAGGCUGGUGUAUGGCUUAUUUGGUGGUUAGAAUGGCUGUCUCUUUCCUACGAGGACCAUUGUCUGAUUGUCUCUCUUGUACUACCUCUCUUCUUUUUCUUGUUUUUAUUUGCAAGAGGUCCUUGUCGCUAGCCCUUUGUUCUUAAUUAACCACCUCCUUGUGUUUAUUAUUUAAUUUGCUUGUAGUUAAGUCUAGAACAAACAGGGACCGGUGGUUUUGAUUCAAGAUUAUUAGCUGGAGCGAGCACGCGUGUGUAUAUGUAAUGUCGUCUGGACGUGGACGAUCUUUUAUAUUAGGUCUCUGUCUAUUCAAUUCUAUUGAAGGUGAAGCUCUUUUAUCC